AGCGAAACCUCGUGUGGGCAACGAAAUUACCGUGCCGCCAGUCCGAGGAGUCAUGGUCCAACACACCAAAUUCUACGAUGUGAUGGGCGUAGAACCGACGGUGACGCCGGAGGAACUCAAGAAAGCGUACCGCCGACGCGCGCUGCAGCUGCAUCCAGACAAGCGCGGGAACUCACCCGAGGCCCAGGAAGAGUUUACGACGAUGAAACAUGCAUACGACGUGCUCAGUGACCCGCGACAGCGAGAGAUUUACGACGCAACAGGCGAGGACGGCCUGAAAAUGGUGAACGGGUUUGGUGAAAUGAGCAUGGAAGAAAUGAUGGCCUCUGCGAUCGGCGCGCUGUCGUCGUUGGGUGGUGGGGCCAAGUUUUGUAUCUUGAUGUCGAUCACUGCCGCGUGUGCGGUAAUCCUACUCGUGCCCGUGUUGUGGUGUCUUCGCGUCGACAAGACCGUGGACUGGUCAUGGGUCGACGUAUUCAUCCCGAUGUGGGUGCUCGACGCCAUUUACAUUUGCGCAUCGUGCUGUUCGUUGGUGUCGAAGGAUGCACCAGUGGAUGAGAACGGCGAUCCCAUCGCACAGCCUCCGUCCACGUUCUCCCGCCUCUUGACCAAGAGUCUCCGCUUGCUCAAAGCACUUCUCUUCGUGGCAUCGCAAAUUUUAAUCGCGAUGAAGCUGCAAGCGACGUUGGACGUGUCGGGCAUUGCUGUCCUGGCUCCGUAUCUGGUGCUGGAAGGCAUCCUUCUCACUGAGAAGGUCAUUGUCGGGUAUCAAGUGUACACAUCCCUCGCUGCCCAGCAUGGCACGACCAACAACGACUCGCCCAACUCGUUUGCGCUGUAUGGCUCGAUCAUGUACAGCAUUGUCCAAAACAUACUUCGAUUCGUGUUGGUCGUGUUGGUGGGGCUCAAAGUCGAUGGCACCAUCGAUGGAAGCUGGUGGCUUGUCUUUCUUCCCGUGUGGAUAUACAUGGCGUUGUCUCUGUGCUCCACGGUGCGGAGCGUUGUGGUCGCGUCCAGACUAACAGCGGACAGCACCCCCAACGGCAAAACUAGCGGUGUGGUCUGCAUGGUUGUCACGUCGUGUAUCAUGUUCAGCCCGUUUGUGGUGCUGGCAGCGCGCUUGGAAGGGUCGUUUUCGUCGUUCUACGUGCUGCUCCCAUGGUUGAUAGUGGCUGGCAUCGCCGUCGGGUCGUUAUGGCUGUGUUUGUGUUGUCUCCUGCGAUCGCCCCACGACGCCGCGCCCGCACCAUCCACGACGGAAGCCCCAAGCGAAGGGCGACCGGACGGGGAUGUCUACCAUGUCGUGCACGAUGACGACAAAGUCUAGAUACGUUCGUGAAUACAUGUAUGAUUGCCUUG